ACCAGUGAGUAGGCAGGUGGUGCGAUGAGACUGCUGCUUAUUGUGGAUAACUUCUUGCUCGUUUCACUGUUACCUCAUCUUCCCCUCGUCCUUCCUCCCUAUUUGUUUAUCUUCUCUACCUGUUGUGUCUGAUUACCAAGACUGGUAGCUCAUUGUGGCUGACCUUUUAUUAUCUGCCUAUGCAGCGCCUAGCGUAAUGAGGCCUUAAUCCUUGAUUGGUUCCCCUGGAUGAUAAUAGAAUAUAGAUAAUACAAGUGAUGAUAUCAUAAUACUGAGUGGCAUCAUCCCUUAAGCAAUGAUGUCACAGUGCAGAAGCAACCACUUCUUUAUCAAGAUUCCACAGCAGAGAAGCUCUGUGCCAGUCUUCUCAGCAAGAUGCUCCUCCCAGUGGCUUUCUAGGAGUAAGUCACAAGCCCACUACGGGAUUUGGGCUGAAUUUUGGGAUGGGAAAUAGUGAAGAUCCCAUAUAGGCUACACAUGCCAUAGAAUGGAGGCGGGAAAGUCCUGGUAGGGGCUAUUUGGGAUCAAGCCCAAAAAGGAGGGGUUGGGGGAAGGCUGUUUAGAAGGGAGGUAGGUCCCUGGUGAUGUUGGCCUCGACUGGAGGGAUGAAAUGGUUCAUAUUUGGGGAUAAAUUGCUGCGUCCACCUUGUCUUGUGUUCACCCUCCUCCUUUUCCCACAGAGGAAGGGAGCUGAGCAGUGCCGGCAGAGAGAAUGCUUCGUUUGAUCAGAACUAGACUGAGUGCCAGCUGGUGGAGGCAACUUUGGGCACAAGCUCUGGCUACGCCCCACUUCAGGCUGACAUCACCUCCGUACUAUAUAACACAUCAAAAAGGGAGAUACUCAAGUCAAGCGAACAAGGAAUCCACAUCCUUUGUCAUGAACCUGUUCAACGGGCAGUUUGUACCUGACAAUGUUUUUCCUUUCCCCUCAGUGCUCUCAAUGGAGCAGACGCAGUCCCUGCAAGCCCUGGUAGAUCCCUGCACCCGCUUCUUUGAGGAGGUUAAUGAUCCUGUGGAGAACGAGAAGCUGGAGAGUAUUGAGACGGCCACCCUGGCAGGGCUGAAGGAGAUGGGAGCCUUUGGGCUGCAGGUGCCCGAGGAGCUGGGGGGAAUUGGGCUGACGAACACCCAGUAUGCUCGGGUUGUGGAGGUGGUUGGAGUGCAUGACCUUGGUGUGGGCAUAAGCCUCGGUGCUCACCAGUCAAUCGGCUUUAAGGGAAUCCUGCUCUUUGGGACCCAGAGUCAGAAGGAGAAAUACCUGCCCAAGCUAGCAUCUGGAGAGACCAUUGCCGCCUUCUGCCUGACGGAGCCAUCUAGUGGCUCAGACGCGGCAUCUAUUAAAACCGUCGCCGAGCUCAGCGAGUGUGGGAAAUUCUACACCCUGAACGGCGGGAAAAUAUGGAUCAGUGGUCCCCCAGAGAAGAAGAUGGGGAUCAAGUGUUCCAAUACAGCUGAAGUGCACUUUGAUAACGUGAAGGUGCCAGCAGAAAAUCUGCUUGGGGAGCUCGGAAAAGGCUUCCUGGUCGCCGUGACCAUACUGAACAACGGGCGCUUUGGGAUGGCCUCUGCCCUGUCAGGCACCAUGCGUGGAGUGAUCGUCAAAGCUGUUGAUCAUGCCGCUAAUCGUAAGCAGUUUGGAGACAAGAUCAGCAACUAUGGGGCUAUUCAGGAGAAGAUUGCACGGAUGGCCAUGCUGCACUAUGUUACAGAGUCGAUGGCCUACGUGGUGAGCGCCAACAUGGACAUGAAGGUGCCCGAUUACAAGCUCGAAGCUUCAAUCAGCAAGAUUUUUGCCUCAGAAGCAGCCUGGUACGUCACAGACGAGUGCAUCCAGGUCCUUGGAGGAAUGGGAUACAUGCAGGAAACUGGUGUCGAAAGAGUCUUGAGGGACCUGAGGAUUUUCCGCAUUUUUGAGGGCACCAAUGAUAUCCUUCGCUUGUUUGUGGCACUGACGGGCGUUGAGUAUGCUGGGAUCCAGUUAAAGAAUCUGCGAACAACUAUCAUGAAUCCAUCAGGGAAAACUGAGACCAUCCUAAAAGAUAUCGGGAUGAGAGCAAAGCGUAAAGUUGGGAUUCCCACUGGCUUGUCUCUGGAGGGAAUCGUUCACCCAGGCCUGGACAACAGUGCGCACCUGGUGACGAAGGCCAUUGACCUGUUUGGUGAAGCUGUUGAGAGCCUCCUGCUGAAGUAUGGCGAGAAGGUGAUAGACGAACAGUUUCAUCUGAAACGCGUGGCCGACGCUGCCAUUGACAUCUAUGCCAUGGCUGUGGUGAUCUCCAGGGCCAGCCGCUCUCUGUCUCUGGGACAACCCACCGCUGAGCACGAGAAGCUCUUGUGUCAAACGUGGAGCCACGAGGCAUUUGAGCGAGUGAGAGAGAAUCUCCGAGCAGUGAAAUCUUCUACAUGGAAUCAAUCCUUUGCUAACAUGAAGCUAAUAUCUAAUGCUGUUGUACAGAACCAAGGGAUCCUAGCCACGCACCCUCUGGGCUUCUGAACAGAAAUGAUGCUUUGGUUGACAAUGAGCAACAGCUACAAAUCCUAUUAUACAGAAAAAUAUUACAUUACACACCGUUUGCGUCUGUCUAGCCCUGCCUGUGAGAAAAGCCAAUACUGUGUCACAGCGGCCCUGCUAAUGCAUGCGGGCUGCAGCAAGGGGCCAUGCGUCUGUCCCGCUCUCUGAGAACCCUGAGCACGUGGACAUAAAGGCCCCCCCACUGCGGGUUGUUGGGGCAGUCUGCAUACAUACCAGCUCCCCCUGCUCCUCCGUCCUGGUCAAGGAGAUUAAUUUGGGCCACAUGGGUUCCAGCUGAGAGCAGGUUUUAACUGCCUCUUGCCUGCCCCCUUCUAGCCUGCUCUGGGGGUCCCAUUGGGGCCUUUGCUGGGGGAGAGAGAUGGUCACCCCAAGGUGCACUGAGCCAUGGCUGCUAGCUCCCCCCAUUGUGUCCAUGGUUCUCUGGGGGAAGAGGAGAGGAUCCUGGCUACGUCCGUGCACACAGACUCCUGGCCAUCUCCCGCUCUCCUGCCUCGUCCCUCACCGAGUCCUGCUGUAGGGUGAGCCUGGGGCUGUCCUGACCUUUGGCCGAGGGUUUUACUGACCCUGGCGCAGGGGCCUGUGAGCUUCUCACUGUCUUUACACGCCACGUGAGGUGAGCUCUGGUUUGGUGGGCUGGGAUCUGGCUAAGGGGCUGACUCAGCCCCACAUCUCUGAGUCCAGGCAGGUGCCUUCUCCAGCCAGGGCUGCAUGCAGCGUAGGAUUGCAGGGGCAUGCUGGCUUUGGGGGCCAGUCUCUGUGGCUUCUCUUGGGGAGACGCUGCCAGCUGCUUGCAGCUCAUGCAGAGAUUAGAUUCUGCCUGCUUAUGGGCUGACGUCAAGGGGAGAGUCCAGGCAAGCAGCCCUCGUCCCUGUGAACUCAGGGACUGCCUUGGCAGGGCUAGCUUAGGUCACUUGCGGUGGAUGUGGGCCCCGGGGCUGCCAGGGGAGCUGGAAACAAAGGGGCUGGUAUUCUGGGAGCCCACGUUCUCCAGUGUCUGGUGGCACAUCCCUGCAGCCGUCAGCCUGCAGGCCCUGGGGGCGCAGCCCAGUGACUCUGUGAGGCACACAUCACUUGGGGCACGUGCACUGGGGUUUGCUCACAGAGGGCUGCGUGGUAUCAGCUGUGGUAAGGUUGUUGAGCCCUGCUAAGAGGCUGCUGCAUUUCCAUGAUGGCUGGGACAAGCUCCGCUUCUGAUGCGUGUUGAGGGCUUGGUCCUCUCUGGCUGACGUGAGCUGUGCGCCCAGCCCCAGGUGCCAGGAGCAGCUGGGGCCCCGGUGACCGAAUUCAGCAGAGCUGAUUUAGGUCAGAUACUAAUUAAAAUACGUCAUGAAUACGACCAUUAGAGAGACAGGGUGGGUGAGGUGUGUCUUUUAUCUUCAUUAGCUCUGUAUGGCUCGAAAGCUUGCCUCUCUCUCCAACAGACGUUGGUCCAAUAAAAGAUAUUACCUCCCCCAUAUCCUGGGAGUGACCUGGUUACACCACCAGUGCGUAUCACCCUGACGGUGUGAAGCUGGAAAGGGAGGUGCUGAAAGCAGGCAGCCCUUGGGGGCAGCUAAGCAAACUGACACUCC